AUGCCGACCAGUGCAGUUUAUCAGCCUACAACAGUGACUUAUGAGCAGCAGCCAAACGAUCAGCGAUGGAACUGCCCCAUCAGCUACUUUUCACAUCGUGUGACUAGUAGUUUGAAUAGGGCAGUAUGUGUGCGACUUGGACUAUGUCUAAUGGGCAGUACACUUUGUAUCAUAGGGCUGGCGCUGCUGAUUGCAGGCGGCGUGCAGAUGUCGAAUGCGAGCGCUUCACCACAGGGCUCAGACGAUGGACUCGGCGCUCUUAUUGCCGGCGGGGUCAUAUUGUGCUUGGGCCUACUGCUUGCCGGUAUCGGCGGCUGGGCGUGGUCAGCUAGAUGGGGUGGCGGUAAAGAAGCUCCAUCAAGUGGCGCUGCGGGUUUGACGGCACUAAACCCGUCCACCGAUCCCUUGGUAGCAGCACAAUAUGCACCGGUCCGUGACGCGCCGCCCGCUCCCGACGAUGAGACACGCAAUCUCAUGGACAAUAAGGAAUGCCUGAGCAGUGCGGAAGAAAGUGACAAAAUGUUGGACGGCCGGCCAUCGGUGGCGUAA